AUCCCACUUCAAGGGAUAAUCCUCAAGACCCCCUAAGAACAAAGUGAAGUGCCUGACCACCAAAACCUCAAGUAUUGUCAACCCUUGCUUCAAACUCCGACCCUUUCGACUCUCAUUUAUCCCCCGUCGCCGUUCAAAACGCUCAUUGCCUUUUUUCGAAUUCUACCUUUUUCCGUGCGCCCAUCUCGACCGCCAUUGUUUCAUCAUGGCUGGUCAUUGGAGUCCUCGACAGCGCACGAAUCGCGCCAACACUGUCGGCGCAUUUGUCUUCUUCGUCUUCUUUAUCUACUUCUUCCGCGACACUUUUUUACUCUCGAGUACGCCGGCGCGGAAACAUAGAAAUGAUUACUCUCAUAUGGCCCUGGGCGACAACGAUGUCGAGAUGGUGGUCGCAAGUAUGAAGCAUGAAAAUGUUUCGUGGCUUGAUGAGUAUCUCCCUGAAUGGAAGAAGAACAUCUACGUGGUCGACGAUAACAAGGCCAAGUUGACUGUGCCUAUGAACAAGGGUCGCGAGGCCAUGGUUUUCCUGACCUACAUCAUUGAUCGAUACGACUCCCUGCCGGGCAACGUAGUCUUCCACCACGCCGAGCGCUUCCAAUGGCACAACGACAACCCCGACUACGAUGCUCUUCCUCUGCUCCAAAACUUCCGUUUCGAUAAUCUAAAGAAGGUCGGCUAUGCCAACUUGCGAUGUGUCUGGGUCCUUGGUUGUCCUGCUGAGAUUCGACCUAUCAAGGACGAAGCCCCUGCGAAGGAGGGCGAACCUAUUCACGCCCGCCAUGUUUACAAGGCCGCCUUCCAGGAGCUAUUUCCCAGUCUCGAGAUUCCUGAGGAGGUCGGCGUCACUUGCUGCUCGCAAUUUGCCGUUCGCCGAGAGACCAUUCACUUGCGUCCACGCGCAGAAUAUGUGCGAUUUCGUGAGUGGCUGAUUGUGUCUGCCUUGGGAGAUGACCUCAGCGGCAGAGUUCUUGAGUACUCAUGGCACAUCAUCUUUGGCAAACCUGCAGUCAAUUGUCCAAACGCCGCCGAUUGCUAUUGCCAGAACUAUGGCAUGUGCGAUCUCAAGUGCGAGGCAGACAAGUGUGAAGGCCAGUACACACUCCCUCCCUUCUCAACCCUCCCCAAGGGUUGGCCCCAGCUCGGAUGGAAGGGAGAGAACCGUGGAUGGAAAGGACAGCCAUAAAUAAAGGAGGGGACAAAUAUAAUGGAUCCGCAUCGCCUAUAGGGAUUUUACGAAUGAUGGGGGUUUUCUCGAACGUCUGCACUGCAUGUUUAAUUUGGGGCCUUUCAUGGGAAGUGUUUCGACGAAUGGGAAGCGUAAGUAUUCCUUACUUUUGGGUUUCUGGAAUUAUUGGUUAUAGGAUGGGCGUCUAGGAUUGGGUUGGGCAAUCUGUUAUGUCUGCACCAAGUAGAGUUUCUGUAACAUCAUCACGGAAUAAUUAAAAGACCAUCAAAAGAUACACGUGUCAGGGAAGGCAAAAAACGCCUAACUUUUAUCUAAGAUCACAAAAAUGACUA